AUGUCUUUCCUCUUCCCCAGAAUCGCAUUUGCGCCUGCACGCUGCGGCCCUACCCGCCGUGACAUUGCUCCUCUCCUUUCCCUCUUCGACGACUCUUUCAACGAAGUCCAAAGAGCGAGCCGAGCGGCCCGGAAACAAUUCAACCCUCGCUUCGAUGUCAAGGAAUCAAACGACGCUUACUCCCUCGAGGGUGAGCUGCCAGGUAUCGAGCAGAAGGACCUGAGCAUUGAAUUCGUCGAUGAACACACCCUGACCAUCAAGGGCCGCACCGAGCGCACCACAGAAUCUGGCACUCGACCUCAAGCCGUCGAAGCUGAGAAGAAGGCUGCCAUCGAGGAAACUCCUGCGUCCGAAACCAGUAGCGUCAAGUCCCAUCAACCCACUGUCGAAGAUGAGGAGCCAGCCAACUCGUCUGCAGCCGCUGCUGAGGACAGCAAGACAGAAGCCGCAGCGCCGACUCCUGCUCCUGCUGAGCAACAGCCAACCCAAGCCGAGCAGCAACAGCCUCAACAGCAAUACUGGAUCACCGAACGCAGUGUGGGAGAGUUCUCCCGCAGCUUCUGGUUCCCACACCGCGUGAAUCAGGAGGCGGUCAAGGCUUCGUUGAAGAACGGCCUCCUCAGCAUUGUGGUUCCCAAGGCUUCUGCACCUGAAAGCCGACGCAUCGCCGUCGAGUAA